GGUAACUUGCAAAUCAGUCCCUAAAUGGUUCAGUGGGAUGCCUAUCUCUUCUGAGUCCUCCUUUUAUCUGCCGGCUGUCAAUAUCAGUCCUUAUCUGCAGGACCCAAACAGUAAUGGCGGCCACAAGGCAGUCGACAACGUACGCGUCGCGUGUCAAUCCACAGGCUUCUUCCACAAACUGUGGAGAUAGCCUGUUUCCACUAUACCACAAUUAUUCUCUCAUAAUGCUCUUUUCAAUGGUUAAAAAUGAUUGGGACUGAGGAGAUG